AUGGAAAAAGAUUAAGAAACCAAAAAUUUGGCAAAUACUCCUAAAAAUGCAAUAUCAAACUCUUCUUUAGAUUAUAAAGUAGAAGAAACAGAUUCAUUUUGGAAUUACAAUCUUCGACAAAAAGUGAAUUUUAAUUUAUCACAAAUAUUUGAGUUUAAACCUAAAGGAGAUGAAUUAUUAUAACAGAUUGAACAAAAUAUAAAAUUUUUAUUGAAACCAUAAAUACAAUAAGUAACAAUAUAUACAUGUUUAGUUUUUAAAAACAAAUAAAAAAAAUGUAAAAUUGCUAAAAUACCCAAAAACAGAAUGGCUAGCUUAAAAUAAAUAAAUUUAAAAAAUCUAAAAAUCCAAUUUACCACUUGAGGCUUAAGUUUUUUUACUAUUAAACUUUAAUCAAAAUUUGACAACACAUAACAUAUAUCCAUAAUCUGUACAUUAAUAUUCAACAUAUUUAAAAAUAGAUUAAAAUAUUAAAGUAUUUUUCAUAUUAAUUUAGAGAUUGGAAGUUUAAGAUAUUAACUUUAAAUACAAUUUUACAACAGAUUAAAGGGAAAAAUAUAAAUUAGAAAUUCUAAAAAUACCUCGAGAUGUUUGGAGAUCUUAAGAUGGAAUAAUUUAAAUGAUUUAAUUAAAUACGAAAUAUGCUAUGCAUUAUUUAGAUAUAAGUAAAUCAUUUUAAAUUUAUUUAGUUUAAUUAUAUUCAUUAUAUUUAUUUAUUGUGGAGAAUGAGAAUAUCUCACUUUUAAAUUUUGAAGAUUUAUAAAGAUUUUUAAAAGAGAGAAUUAUUCAAAAGAAUAUUUUCUUGAAGAUUAAUUUAUAUUCAUUAGGUUCAAUUUUUCUUUAACUUUAAAAUUAAUAAUUUCAAUAAAUCAAACCAACAAUUUUUUAAAACAUUAACUUCAUAUAACAAUUUAAUCUGCAAUAAAUUUAACAACUUUCUUAUAAAUCUUUUUAAACACAUGAAUAUUUAAAUAAAGAAUAAGCUUAUUUAUGUAAUUCUUGUUUAAGAUUUUUAUCUUAAUGUAAUUGUGAAUUUAAUAAUAAAAUUGCUUAACUUAGAAAUCUAUUAGAUUAUUGUUAAGCUUUGAAUUACAAAGUAAAUGGUAAGAAAGUCAUAUGGGUUAAUGAUGUUUUGUAAUUUAAUAUGAAAUAUGCAUGUAAUAUUAAAUGUUAUAAAAAUCCUAACAAUUUUAAUAAUUAAAAAAAAGCAAGUUUACCUGAAAAUUAUAUUGAUUAAUUGAAGAAAAUAAAAAUAGAUUAAGAUCCCUGUAUAAUAGCUAAAGUAUAUAACUUGGAUUGUUUAUCUAUAUUUUUAUUAGCUAAACUUUAAUAUAAUGAAUUAAGAGAAGAUUAUAUAAAAGGUUUAAGUAAAAUAUAAAAAUCAAAGGAUUAGAAUGCUUUAAUAAAUAAUCCAUGUAAAUGUGCAUCUCUAUAUAUAUCAUGUUGUCAUAAAUAAGAUUUUGAAUGUCAACAAUGUAAAUGUGAAAUAUUUUGUUCAAAAUAUUGUGACUGUCCGUCGAAUUAAUGUUUAAAAAAGUUUAGAGGAUGUAAUUGUAGAGAUAGAUGUUCAUCUGAUGGGAGAUGUACAUGUAGAAAAGAUAAUACUGAAUGUGAUCCUUUACUUUGUAAAUGUUGUAGUUCAGAUUCUAAUUGUAUAUGUUCAAACACUUAAAUCUUAAUAAAUAAUUUAAAACCUACUCUUUUAGCAAGAUCUGCAGUUUGUAAUGGAUUAGGACUCUUUUCAAGAUAGUUUAUAAUGAAAGGAGAGUUGAUUAUUUUAUAUAUUGGUGAAGUUUUAAUAGAUGAUGAAGAAGAGAUUAGGGAUUAAUUUGAUGAUACAUUCUCAUUUUAUAAUUAUUAAUUAAGUGAUGAGAGAUACUCAUUAGAUAGUCGAUUUUGUGGAAAUGAAAGUAGAUUCAUUAAUCAUAACAGCCUAAAUUUUAAUAAUUGUAGAACUAAAUAAAUGUUUACUUGUGGUAAAAUUAAUUAAAUUAUCAUUAUUAUUAGGUUAAUAUUAAUUGGCUAUUUAUGCAAUUAAAAAUAUAGAUCCUGAAUAAGAAAUCUUAUUAAAUUAUAAUGAAGGAGAAUAACCUAAUAAAGAAAUUCAUAAUUGGAAUGAUUAACAAUAACAAUACUGGAAUUAUUUAUAAAGUACUGUUACAAAAGAGAAAUGA